AUGUCUGAUCCACGCUUUGCCCGACUCAAAGCAGAUCCUCGUUUCCGUCGUCCUAAAAAACAGCAAUCGAAAGUGGUCGUUGAUGAGCGUUUCAAAGAAGUGUUCGAGGACGGAAAGGCGGGGACAAAAAAAGGAAAGAAAGGUCGCGUGGACAAGUAUGGACGUAAGGUAUCUAAUACCCAUGAAAGCGAUAAUCUGCGCCGUUUCUACAGACUCGAAAACGAAGAAGAGGGUGAAGUAGGGGGUGUCGGAGCUCCUUCCGCGCCAGACUAUGCCAGAGGAGGAAUCUUGAUGGAAUCGUCUGACGAGGAAGAAGAUAGACAAGCGUCAGGAGACGACUCUGAUUUUGAAGGGAUUGUAACUCUUGGAGCUGAUCCUUCCAAACCCUCCUCACUCGACGAUGACGACGCAGACAUUGACUUGGACGAGGACGUUUUAGCAGACCUAGACGCUCAAGCCGCCGCAUAUGCUGAGGUAGUGCCUUCUCAAGACAAUGACGCUGAUGAUAUUUCCCGGACGCGUCGACUGGGUGUUGUCAACUUGGAUUGGGAUCAUGUCCGAGCAACUCAUUUAUUCAAGAUAUUCUCGUCCCUUGUUUCGCCCACCGCACCUAUUUCAACUGCCCCUUCUUCGUCACACAUACACCCUGAUCGCAAAAAGGCCAUUAAGACCUCGCCCACUACUGUAGCACGGGGGAAGGUGCUCAGCGUUCGGAUAUAUCCAAGUGAAUUUGGGAAGGAGAGAAUGGCCCGUGAAGAAAGGGAAGGGCCCCCUGCAGAAGUUUUCAAAAAAACCAAGCCUUUAAACGAGGACGACGUGAACGAAAAAACGAUCUAUGAAACAGGAGACGGCGACGAUUACGAUGAAGACGCUCUGCGAAAAUACCAGCUCGAGCGUUUGCGCUAUUAUUAUGCGAUCGUCGAGUGUGAUACUGUAGCUGCAGCUUCGCAUAUAUAUUCAGAACUGGAAGGUACAGAACUCGAACGGUCAGCAAAUGUUUUUGAUCUAAGUUUCGUUCCCGACGACAUGGCUUUCGAUACCGAGUAUCGAGACGAGGCUACCAGUGAAUCAUCCAUGCCAUACAAAGCUGUAGAAUUUGUUACAGAUGCCCUUCGACACUCCAAAGUCAAGCUAACAUGGGACGAAGACGAUCCAGAGCGGACGCAGAUCACGCGACGCAAUCUCACUCGGCAAGAAAUAGAAGAAGCUGACUUUAGAGCAUACAUAGCAUCCUCAUCGUCUGGAUCAGAAUCAGAAUCGGCAGCACCUACGAAAGAAACGCGGAAAGUGAAAGGGAAAGAGAAAAAGGCAGAGCGCGAUAAGCUGAGAGCUCUCUUACUUGACAGUGACGAUGGUGAACUACCAGAAGGCUGGGGACGGGAAGAAGACGAGCCCGGGGAUAUGGAUAUGGAGAUCAUGUUCACGCCUGGUUUGAGCGAUACAAAAAGUAAGGACCAGGAUGAGACGACGCUGGAGAAGUAUCAGCGAAAAAUGAAAGACAAGAGAAAGAAGAGGAAGGAAGAGAAAAAGUCAGAUAAGGAAGAGAAAAGGGAGACGGGGACAAGGAAGAAAGGAGUUGCUGACGACAAUUUCUUCGAUGCUGGGAGUGAAGACGACGAAGGUACAUGGGGAGAUAAGAAAAAGCAGGAGAAAACGCCACCACUCGAGUCAACAGCAGAAGAAUUGGCCUUACUUGUUGCCUCCGAUAAGCCUGGCGGUGAAACAGCCCAUUUCGAUAUGAAGUCCGUGCUCAAAUCCGAAAAGAAGAAAGGGAAAGGCAAGAAGAAAGGCAAGAAAGACGAGGAAGAUGAUCAAGAAAUUCAGGCAGACUUCGCGAUCGAUGUCAAGGACGAUCGGUUUCAGGCUGUCCAUGAAGAUCAUCAGUUUGCUAUUGAUCCGAGCAAUCCUCAUUUCAAGAAAACAAAGAGUAUGGCUGCUCUAAUAGGCGAACGACUAAAGAGGCAGAAGGAUAGGCGAGGCGAGGGCGGUGUGGAACGAGAAAGGUCGUCAAAAGAAGCUACAGGUCAAAGCCUAAAGAGCCUGGUGGAGAGUGUGAAGCGGAAAAGUGCAUCGUAUGACCAAGGGGGUGUCGGAAAACGUCGCAAAUUAUAAUGGUUUGGAGCUCAAGACAUGUCCACAUAUGCCCCCCUGGCAAUCACAAAAGUCACCCGACAAUAACCGGAACUAUAGCAACUCUAACACAGUAUGGUUUAGUGGGCUGUACUUGCUCGCAGCUUAGCAAACGCAGAUCUUUAGAGAUCAUCUAAUAUGACUGGGCACCUACUGAAAAUCAGGUUUCAUACCAGAACAAUGAAUAUAUUAUACAGUGACUGAAGUGCAUACAUGGAGAAAAUGAACAGUACUACAACCUAUUACACCCAAAAGAGAAAAGCACUAUGAGUACAAUAUAAAUGCAUAAUGAGCCAA